CCAGGAUUGGCCCUCGAGGCCCGGCCUGGCGGAUGGAAUUGUCGCUAGCGUGAGGACCGCGGAGAAUUGAUGGAGUCAUCCGAGGGAACGGAGUCUGCCCGGGUUCCUGGAGCCCCGGCCUCGAAGAGGGCCAAAGAGGGGUUGAGGAGCCGCAGUCGCCAGCGGUGGCGUAAAGGCAAGGCCAGAGCCUCAAGGCUCAUACACAACAUGGACCUGCACACAAUGACACAGUCGCUGGUGACUCUGGCAGAGGACAACAUGGCCUUCUUCUCCAGCCAGGGCCCUGGGGAGACAGCACGGAGGCUGUCGGGUGUCUUUGCUGGUGUGCGGGAGCAGGCACUGGGGCUAGAGCCAGUCCUGGGCCGCCUGCUGGGUGUGGCACACCACUUUGACCUGGACGCAGAGACACCAGCCAAUGGGUACCGCAGCCUGGUGCACACAGCCCGCUGCUGCCUGGCGCACCUGCUGCACAAAUCCCGCUACGUAGCCUCCAACCGCCGUAGCAUCUUCUUCCGCACCAGCCACAACCUGGCCGAACUGGAGGCCUACCUGGCUGCCCUCACCCAGCUCCGCGCUCUGACCUACUACGCCCAGCGCCUGCUGGCUACCAAUCGACCAGGCAGGCUCUUCUUCGAGGGCGAGGAGGGGCUCACUGCCGACUUCCUGCGGGAAUAUGUCACACUGCAUAAGGGCUGCUUCUAUGGCCGCUGCCUGGGUUUCCAGUUCACGCCUGCCAUCCGGCCAUUCCUGCAGACCAUCUCCAUUGGGCUGGUAUCCUUUGGAGAGCACUACAAACGCAACGAGACUGGCCUCGGUGUGACUGCCAGCUCCCUGUUCACCAGUGGCCGCUUUGCCAUUGACCCAGAGCUACGUGGGUCUGAAUUUGAGCGGAUCACACAGAACCUCGAUGUGCACUUCUGGAAAGCCUUUUGGAAUAUCACUGAGAUCGAGGUCUUGUCGUCUCUGGCCAACAUGGCAUCAGCCACCGUGAGGGUGAGCCGCCUGCUCAGCCUGCCACCUGAGGCCUUUGAGAUGCCACUGACUGCUGACCCCACACUUACAGUCACCAUCUCACCCCCUCUCGCCCACACGGGCCCUGGACCUGUCCUCGUCAGGCUCAUCUCCUAUGACCUGCGUGAAGGACAGGACAGCGAGGAGCUCAGCACCCUGUUGAAGUGUGAGGGCCAGCGCAACCUGGAGCUGUGGCCACGCCCCCAGCAGGCACCCCGCUCGCGGUCCCUGGUAGUGCAUUUCCACGGUGGCGGCUUCGUGGCCCAGACCUCCAAAUCUCAUGAGCCCUACCUCAAAAGCUGGGCCCAGGAGUUGGGUGCCCCUAUCAUCUCCAUUGACUACUCCCUGGCUCCUGAGGCCCCCUUCCCCCGUGCAUUAGAGGAGUGCUUCUUCGCCUACUGCUGGGCCAUCAAGCACUGUGAACUCCUAGGCUCAACAGGGGAACGAAUAUGCCUUGCGGGAGACAGUGCAGGUGGGAACCUCUGCUUCACUGUGUCCCUUCGGGCAGCAGCCUACGGGGUGCGGGUGCCAGAUGGCAUCAUGGCAGCCUACCCUGCAACGAUGCUGCAGUCCGCCGCAUCUCCCUCCCGCCUUCUGAGCCUCAUGGACCCCCUGCUGCCCCUCAGCGUGCUCUCCAAGUGUGUCAGCGCCUAUGCUGGUGCGGAAAUAGAGGACCACUCUGACCCAGACCAGAAGGCCUUGGGUGUGAUGGGACUGGUGCGGCGGGACACAGCCCUGUUCCUCCGAGACCUCCGCCUGGGUGCCUCCUCAUGGCUCAACUCCUUUCUGGAGUUAAGUGGGCGCAAGUCCCAAAAGACAUCAGAGCCUAUGGCAGAGCCAAUGCGCCGCAGCGUGUCUGAAGCAGCGCUUGCCCAGCCUGAGGGCCCAAUGGGUACAGACUCACUCAAGACGCUGAAGGACUUCAGCCUGAGGAGCAGCUCAGACACCUCAGACACCCCGGAGAUGUCACUGUCAGCUGAGACACUUGGCCCCUCCAAACCCUCCGACAUCAACUUCUUAGUGGGGCCUGCGGAUGCCUCUGAAGAAGCGGAGGCCAGAAAUGAGGUGGGCACCAGGGACAGUGGCCAGGGUGUCCAUGCUGCAUUCCCGGAGGGUUUCCACCCACGACGCACCAGCCAAGGUGCCACCCAGAUGCCCCUCUUCUCCUCACCCAUUGUCAAGAACCCCUUCAUGUCGCCGCUGCUGGCACCAGACAGCAUGCUGAAGACUUUGCCCCCUGUGCACAUCGUGGCGUGUGCGCUGGACCCCAUGCUGGACGACUCGGUCAUGUUUGCGCGACGACUGCGCGGCCUGGGCCAGCCCGUGACGCUGCGCGUGGUGGAGGACCUGCCGCACGGCUUCCUGACCCUCGCGGCUCUAUGCCGGGAGACACGACAGGCAGCCGAACUGUGUGUGGAGCGCAUCCGCCUUAUCAUCACUCCGCCCGCCUCGCCACCGGUCUGAGCCGCUGGCCAGAACCGGGCCACAUGGGGAGACUGAGCUGUGGGCGCGGGGUGAGGAGGGCUAAACUAAAGACCUCUGUUUCCCAUCUGCAUCGGCCUCCGUGGUGAAUGCGCUCUGGGCCGGGGGCGCGGGGGUGGGGGGACGAUGCAGGCUGUGUGCCUUAAGCUAGGGGUGGCAAGGAGGGCUGCACGGGGGCCCAAGCUGAGACCCUAGCCUGGGGCAGAUGGACACAAAUACCGGUCACUGGAACAGCUAGACCUGCACUCCGCCACUGCCUUCUACUGCUGCUGCG